AUGGCUAUAUCAAAUACCUCGGGCAACUUGAUUCCUCGCUCGGAUUCUCGAAACCCAGCAACAACAUGUAGAGGAAUCACGACACAAGGCCGACCUUGUCGUCGUGCUCUAGCAUCCCCUCAACCAUUCCCUGCUUUUACACCUCGAAAAAAUUCUCGACAAGAAGCUGUAGAAAAUGCUUCCUUGUACUGCUGGCAGCACAAGGACCAAGAAAACUCGAGUCUACCCGCUGACCCAUCUGCGGAUGUGACUUCAAGCAAGCCCAGGACCAGUAUUGAUACAUUGAUGGAUCGCCUGGGUGUACUCGAGUUGAACGACGACCCAGCUUCGAAGCCGAAGCCUAAUCAGAGGCGGCGAACUUACCAAAAUGGAUUAUAUGAGAAACGCCGUCCAAAGAAGAAAAGCACAUUCUGCUGUUUUACUAUUCUCGAGGAAAGCGAUGACGAAAAACCAAUACCGGCCCAGAAGCCCGCGUCUCACCGUCCGCAGGCCGGCAUGUCUUCGCAGAGACCAAAUGGGAAGAUACCAGUGCCGACCUCGACCGGGAAGCCACAAAACGGACAAGCGUCAUCAAAUCAAGCAGUCUAUCCACCUAAACCCGGCAAAGGCCAGACCUCGUGGCUUCCAUCCACACUUCCGCCCCAAACAGCGUUGACCGUGGGUGCAGAGUUGAACAAGCCAAUUUCAGAUGCAGAUGAAGAAGGUUAUAUUUACAUGUUUUGGGUAACGCCUCCCACUACCACCACAACUCGAGGAAUCGACGGCCCAGCAACCAGAGACAUAGCCCCUUCUUUACUUCCUGAAACACCGGAAACCAGCAGAAGUCUCCGACCACCACCCCAGUCCCGCAGCAUCAGCGAGGCCAUCCGUGCAGCUCAAGAUCUCAAUGCGCUUACCUCAAAUCCUACAUCCACCAAACCGGGAACCCUCAGACUGAAGAUCGGUCGCACGAAUAAUAUUCACCGUCGAAUGGCCGAAUGGACUCAACAGUGCUCAUAUGAUCUGACUCUGAUCCGAUACUACCCUUAUAUGCAUGCGGCUUCUACGUCUUCCUCUCCCGCGAGAGUGCCUCUGUCUCAUGGAAAGGGUCAGUCUCUUGCUGGUAUGGUGCCAGGGCGCAAGGUUCCGCAUGUACAUCGGGUCGAGCGAUUGAUUCAUCUUGAGUUGGCAGCUUUGCGAGUCAGGGACUUGGGACAAUGCCCCGAGUGCGGAAAGGAACAUCGGGAGUGGUUUGAGGUUGAGGCUGCGAAGGAAUCGUUGCGUAGUGUCGACGAAUGCAUUCGGCGGUGGAUUUCUUGGGCAGAGUCACACUGA